GCAACGAUCCUAAUUUGAGGUGCAAAGACGGUAACCGUUACGACAAACCGAUACACAACACGUUAGAUCAGAGGUUUGCAAAAGCGAACACUGCAUUCAUUCUUUUUUCUCCCGCCGCUCUCUUUUUUUGUCGUCUCUUCUUACACUGGAGGCACUGGACCAAAGAACACAACGGCGACAACACAAGAGUACCCCAACCCUGCACAAACGACUCUUUUCUGACCUCGGAGACUCUUUACUUUUAGAGCAGUUGUGCAUUUCGUUGUAGUGCAGGACAACUCUAGGAGUACCACUUAGUCCUUUUAUUUUGUUUUCGGAGUCUGCGUGUGUGGGAGUGUACCAUUUUCUAGAAGCUCGUUACCUCAGUCAUUUGCUCUCUUCUAUUUUUUUUUCUGGCCAGUUUUCUUCUGUGUGUUUCAGCCGCACACGCCGGGAUACAUCACACUGCCGCAAGAAACCCACGUAUCUUCCCGCUGCGAACUCCCCAAGCAAAUUUUUUUUUAAAUACAUCUUUUCUGCUUUUGUACAUAGCCCUGUUUUCGUUUUUACCACUUCCCCUUUGUGCGUAUGUGAGUGUUCACUUUCUUUUCCUUUUCAGUUUCGUCUUUGCUUUCGGGUGUUAUCUGCCACUUGUGCACGGCGGACGUGUGCGCGUUACAUUGCAUCUUCCGCCGUUUUUUCGUUGUCAUCGUUGUGUUAUUGAGUUUUUUCUUCUUGUCAGCUUUCCUUCCCUCCCCUCCCAACUCAACCUGGAAACCUUUCCCUUUCUUGCUCUUUCAUUUCUGCUUGCCUUGUUAAAGCCGUGUUGCUUUCAACGGCAGCAGAGGUCUAGCAAGUUUUGUUGUUUGUUGCCGAUAGCAAGCCAAAAAUGACCGCCUCUUUCGCGGAAGUGCCAGACAGCCACACGCUCUUCAAGGACACGGAGUUUAUCAACAACAACCGUGAAGUCUCCGACCAAUGGGUGUCGAUUCGCGAUCUGUACCCCAGAGGCGCGGAAGAGCCACUGCUGCCGGAGAAGUUGUCUCGCGGGCAGUUUGCGCAGGGUAACCACUACGAGUGUUUCAUGCUGUCCGCACUAGCAGCACUCGUGCGGUUUCCUGAUGUCGUUCGGAAUUGCUUUGUCACGAAGCAGGUGCGCGAGGACGGCCGCUACACCUUUCAGUUCUUCCGCGGACAGCAGUGGGUUAAGGUGGAAAUCGACGACUCCAUCGCGCUCGAGGACGACGACGUGUUGUACAUGCAAUCACCCACGGAGCACUGGUGGCCGCUACUGCUGGAGAAGGCCUACGCGAAGUUCUACAACAGCUACGGGCAGCUCGACGGAUGCACGCUGCUAGAGACGUUUCACGACUUGACUGGCAGCCCGGUUCUCAACAUCCCCAUGACGGCAAAACUGGCGAAAUCAGCCGGUGUCGACAUUGCGGAUGGGCAGUACUGGCUGUCUUUGGGUGAAAGCCUACAGCGUGGCGACUUCGUAGCGUCCACUUUGACGAAGGCGAGCGACUUAGAGGCGGUCGGGAUGCAGUCCGAGCAGCAGUACGCCAUUCUGGAGAUCUUUUCCCUCACAGGAUCUUCCACGCUUGACGACAUUGUUGUCCACCUGCACAACCCCUUCGAGGACGCGGAGUUCGAGUACAACGGGCCGCUGAACAAGAACGACUCCAAAUGGACGGCGAAGCAGCGCAAGCAGUACCCGGUAGACGACCGCCACUCCAUCUUCAUUCCCCUCAACAACUUCCUUCAGUUGGCCAACUCGAUCCAGUUUUGCUUCAUGCGCACCAUCGAAGACGAGGCGCAGUACUUUAACAGCGCGUGGGAGGGCGAGAGCGCCGGCGGCAACCCCACCUUCGUCACGUGGCGCAAGAACCCCGCCUUCCUCGUGCGCAACGACGGCGCGACGCCGGUGAAGAUUGUGGUGGUGAUCAAGCAAGAGGAUCAGCGCCGCACUGCACACAUAGAGGAGGGUUCCUCCUACCGUCAAUGCGGUCUCGUCGUGGUGAAGCCCAGCUACCCGAACCCAGCUCCCACCUUGUGGAUCACCGGCAACAACCACAGGCCCAUUUACAAGAGUCUCUUCCUCAACUCGCGUGAGGUGGCGAACGUUGUCACGAUUCCCCCCAACUCGAUGUGUUUCAUGCUUCCCUCAACCCUGCAACCAUCGCUUGAGGCGUCGUUUCGUCUCGCCGUGUACCGCUUCAAGAAUGAGAACUACACAAACUUUUCUGUGGAGAAGUUACAGGUGCCCGGACUGAACUGGGCCGACCCCGCCAAGGCGGAUUUUGAAUUACGCGAAAAGGAAAAGGAACGCGUCGACUUCUACGUCGACGAGGCCAGCGAUGUGCACGUGCUCCUGCACCAGCAGAAGCCCUUCGUCAGCAAAUCUGGCGGUGACGCCAUGACGGAGGACUACAUGGGCAUGUACCUCUACGACGACACGGACCGCAAGAUCGGCGGUGUGCACGCCGCCACGAACUUUCGCGAGAUCAGCAUCAUCCACCACCUUCCCCGCAGUGGUCGGUAUGCCCUCUCGCUGACCUGUCCGCGUGCCAAGGGCGACGUGCCGGCGUACGUGACGAUCGUCGCCACUCCCGCCUCGCACGUCCGCAUCGUUGACCCACCGGAGGACGCCACCAUGUUCGACGACGAGGACCUCAUCGACGAGGGCGACGAAGCGGACCAGGAGCGCAACCCCAUCGACUACGUCCCCUUUAUCUUUGACACUGCGCGCCACACGGAGCCUGCCGACAGCGCCUCCCCGUUCGAGGACAAGCGCUUCUUCACCGACAACCGCGGCGUCACGACGGAGCCGUGGGUGCACAUCGGCGACCUCUACCCCGAAGGCAAGACGAAGCCGCUGCUGCCGGAUGUGCUGAACCACGGCCAGUUUGAGCAGGGCGAACACUACAAUUGCAGUGGCAUGACGGCCCUUGCUGGUCUGCUGGGCAACAACGCCGACGUAAUUCGCAACUGCUUCAUCUCGAAGAAGCCGCGCAAGGACGGCCGCUACACCUUCCAGUUCCACCGCUACGGCCAGUGGGUGAAGGUGGAGAUCGACGACCGCAUUCCGGUGAUCAAGGGUGACACCCUCUUCUGCCGCUCCCCGACGCACCACUGGUGGCCGCUGCUGCUGGAGAAGGCCUAUGCGAAGUUCUACACCCUCUACGACAACUUGGAGCACAUCACGCAAGAGGAGGUGUUUCACGACUUUACCGGACAGCCGUGCCUCACCGUCUCCACCAACCCUCGCGACGCGAAGGUGAACAUGUCUUACUUUGACGAGGCGGAGUACUGGCUCAAUUUGGCAACAACGCUGCCGAACUUGUGCAUGACGGCGCAGGCGAGCGGCGACGACGCAGAGGCCGCCGGCUUAGUGGAUGAGCAAUACUACGCCAUCCUGGACAUUAUCCCACUCUUCGGCGGCAAUAAAGUGUCUGACAUUUUGGUGAAGAUGUUUAACCCAUUCGAGGACUCCCCCUACUACGGCCCUAUGAACCCAGAGGACGACGCAUGGACGUCCGAGCUUGUCAACAAACUGCAUCCCGGGGAAGCCAAGCGCAACUUCUUCGUCCCAGCCAACCAUUUUACGAAAGUCUUCUCGAGUGUGCAGAUGGGCUAUGUGCGGAGUCUGGACGAUCCCUCGUGGCACUUCAACAGUGAGUGGUCGCAGGGCACCAACGGCGGCAACGCGACGCUCAUCUCGUGGCGCGACAACCCUCUCUACGUCUUCCGCAACGAGAGCGAGGACCCAGUACAGGUUGUGGCGAUGCUCCGGCAGCCCGAUCAGCGCCACCUGAUGCACACCCUCGACAACCAGGAGCUGAAAUACCCAAGGAAGGGUCUCACGGUAGCCUUGGCGAACCCGAACUCGCAGGACAUCCCGACGCACCUCGUCACCCUGGACAACCAUCGUCUGGUGCAUUCACUGCCGCUACUACCGCAGCGGGAGGUGACGAACGUACUCACAUUUCCGCCCCGGUCGCUGUGCUACGUGGUGGGUCACCUCGACGGACAGGAGAACAGUAAAUUUUUGCUGUCCUACUGGUUCGAGCACACGGGUGACAAAGAAAAACUGGAGGUGGUGCGCUACCAGCCAACCGUCGCGAAGCACGCCCCGGCGCUCGCCCACGUCGACCUGCAGAACCGCGGCAAGGAGCGGGUGGAUUUCUUGGUAGACUCCCCCACAGACGUCCAUGCGGUGGUGCGGCAAGAAAAACUGUCGCCUUCUCCCACGGGAGGCGACAUCAUUGCGGAGGAUUAUCUGGGUGUGUACCUGUACGACCUGCAGAACCGGCGCAUCAAGGGAUCACAGUCCGCCAUGAACUAUCGCGAACUCAGCGUCGUGACGCACCUCGACAAACCCGGCCACUACGUCAUCUUCUGCACCUGUCCUCGCGGUUACGGCGAGGUGCCGUGCAAGGUGGAGAUCUGCGCCGUGGAGGAGGCCCAUGUGCGCAUCACGGACCCCCCAGAUGAUACGAAGGAGUUGGAUGAGCUCGACAUGGCGUUUCUGGAGCAGUGCCCGGAGGGCAUCCCGCUUGCGGAGCUGAACUUGAACGUGGACCGGAAGUUUCAACAAGAUCUCACGACCUUGAGGCGGCUGCUGGACGACCCGUCCGCCAGCGAUGCGGAAAUACAGCGGUUAAAAAAUCGCCUCAACUCCCGCGCACGCGAGCUGGCAAAAGCGAAGCUCGGACAGGAACGUCCCACCUACCUGCCGGAUCGCGAUCUCGAAGCGCUGAACCCGUUCCUCGACGAAAGCAAAGAAUACAUGGCGGUGGAGAAGGAGCGAUACGAAUUGAAGAAGGACCCUCGCAACGACUACAAGAUUCCCGCACUGGAGGAGAAGUUGCGUGCGCUUGCCGAUGUCGUGGCGGAUGAGGCAGCGGCUGCAAACGUCGACUUUAUCGAUGCACGCGUCGACGGCAUCUCGCGUGACGACCUUCAGCUGAUGUCGCACGAGGCGUUUGCGGAGCUGAUGAAGCAGCGCGCGAGAUUGCUCCUCCACGCCGAUGAACACCCGCAGGAGGUGGCUGACAAUGAGGCGGCGCUGGCCCAACGUGCACGUGAGAUUGCGCACAUGAUGCACCAGGUGGAGCGGGGGUUCCUCGACCCCACACCGGAGGACGUUCCGCUCGAGUUCCUCCCGCUGAACUCGGAUGAGGAGUUUUGCGAGAUGGAGGACGAGCUGCGCGCGUUGCUCCGCACACCACCGGUUGACCCGCUGGCGGUGCGCAAGCUGCAGGCACAGCUGAACGAGCGGGCCCACGAGCUGGCACGCGAGUUGAAGAACGCGGAGCGGGAGAAGUUCAUGGGCUCCGAGUUCGCCGUGCUGGACGCGGGGGUCCUCGAUUCGGAUGAGGACUUCAAGGCGAAGGAGACGAUGAGACUUCGUCUGCUCCACGAUGACCCCGAAGGCAACGCAAAGGCCAUUCGCAGCCUCGAAGAGUCACUGAACACGCGGGCCGCUGAACUCGCCGAAGCGCAGAAGACCAACGAGCGUGCAUUUCUCGCCGCGUACGGCGUCGACGCGGAUGUGCUGCGCGACGUCCUCGGCAGCGAUCCCCGCUUUACCGAGAUGGAGGAGCGCCUGAGAGAGCUGCGCAAGAAUCCGUUACAAAACGCAGCCGCUAUCAAAGCACUGGAGAAGGAAAUGGCGAACCUCGCGCUCGAGAUGGACACGCAGUACAGGGACGGGGAGCGUGCGAAGACCCUACAGGACGAAUACGAAGGACAUCCAUCGGCGGCCCUCCCGUUGAACGACGAUGCUGCGUUUUGCGAGGCCGAAGCAGCCUAUUUGAAGGCUCGCGCCUCCGGUGUUGCGACGCCAGAGGAGCUGCAGAGGCUGCUGGAUGCCAUGAACGAACGCGCGGCGGCGGUGGCGCACGAGAUGAACGCGGACGACCGCUCCAAGUACCUGCCGAAGGCCGUGCGCGGCCUUCCGGUGAAGGCGUUGCCGUUAGACGACGAUGACGAGUUCUGCGGCUUGGAGGCGGCGCGCGCUCGUGCCAUGGCUGACCCCCGCAAGGCUGCGGAGGUGGCGGCGCUGGAGGAACAGCUGCGUGCUCGUGCCGAUGAGCUCGCACGGGCGCGGCUGGCCAGUGAUCGAGCCUACCUGCAUCCGAAACCGGCCGGUGUGCCGCUCAGCUUGGUGCCGAUUGACUCAGACGAGGAGUUCUGCAGCAAGGAGGGCGAGCGUGCACGGCUGAAGGCGUCGGCGGCGCCAAACUCCGCGGCGUUGGUGAACAUUGAAGCAGAUUUGAACCAGCGGGCUGCGGAGGUAGCGCAGCAGCUGAAGGAGAGCCAACGUGCCGAGGUGCUGGAACCGUCGUACGAGGACAUUUCGAUCAUCGAGCUGCCGCUGGACGCUGACGAUGUGUUUGGCCAGUAUGAGGUGGAGCGCCUGCGUUUAAAGAACGAGGACCCACACGCGAACGCACAGGAGAUGGAGAGGCUGAAGAACGCAAUGAUUGAGCGGGCGAGCGAGCUGGCGGCGUCGAAGAAGUCCAAAGAGCGCGGCUUUCUCGGCGCCGGCGCCAGCGAAACGCACAUCUCCGCAGAGAAACUGCAGCACCUGCUCGACAAGGACUCGCGUUUCGCUGUGAUGGAGAAGCGACUGCGGGAGUUGCACAAGAAGCCGAAAGAGAACGCAGCUUCGAUAAAGGCGCAAGAGAACGAAAUGCGGCAACUCGCACAGUCCAUUGAAGAAGAGUACCUCGCGGAGGCGCGUCAGGGAUACUUGAAGGCGGAGUACGAGGGCCGGCCGUGGGCGAGGCUCCCGUUGAACGACGAUGCUGCGUUCCGUGAAGCGGAGGCGGCGUAUUUGGAGGCUCGUGACGCCGGCACGGCCAGCCCGAGCGAGCUGCAGAGGCUGCUGGAUGCCAUGAACGAACGCGCGGCGGCGGUGGCGCACGAGAUGAACGCGGACGACCGCUCCAAGUACCUGCCGAAGGCCGUGCGCGGCCUUCCGGUGAAGGCGUUGCCGUUAGACGACGAUGACGAGUUCUGCGGCUUGGAGGCGGAGCGCGCUCGUGCCAUGGCUGACCCCCGCAAGGCUGCGGAGGUGGCGGCGCUGGAGGAACAGCUGCGUGCUCGUGCCGAUGAGCUCGCACGGGCGCGGCUGGCCAGUGACCGCGCCUUCCUCGACACGCACCCAGAAGGCGUUCCUCUGGACUGCCUCCACAUCGACGAUCACGAGCACUUCCGUGUCAAGGAGGAGCAACGUGCGGCCAUGUUGGCGAGCGGAAACGCGGCGGCCAACCGCGGGGCGAUCGUGGCACUCGAGGAGAGCAUGAACCAGCAGGUGCACGACAUGGCGAAGAAGCUCAAGCAAACGGAAAUUGCGGAGUGCGUGCCGUCGAAGCUGCGCGGCAUCCCUCGCGAACUUCUUCCGCUGAUGGAGGACGAGGCGGCGACGCAGAUUAUGGUCGCCAGGGCGACGAGUCAGGCCGCCACCGACUCCGCCACGCAGGCGGGGGCGUUGAAGGCUCGUGCAAAAGCGCUUGCGGCAGCAGCCAUCGACGGCGUGCGUUCUCGCAUGGCGCAGGCAGAGCUGCAGAUUCCCCUGGCGGACCUGCCCCUCGAUGAGGACGAGGCUUUUAAAGCCCUCGAGGUGGAGGCCAUCCAGGAGCUGCGGAAGCCAAAGCCGGAUUCACAAGUGAUGCAGGACUUGGUUGUCGAUCUGGACAAGCGGGCCUACGAGUUGGCUGAGCAACAGUGCUGUAAGGAGCGGGCAGCUUUCCUGCAGCCCAACCCCGAAGGGCGCCCGCUCACCAGUCUGCCGCUCGAUGCGGACCGCGCGUUCAUGGCGGCAGAGACGCGACACCGCACGGCUGCGAAGGACCCCAACGCUGACGCCGCUCUACUGCGCUCGCUGGAGGACAAGAUGAACGAGCGUGUGCUGGCGCUGGCGCGGGAAGCGAACCGCAAGGACCGCUCUUCUUACCUGCCCCCCGCGAUGCGUGGCGUGGCCCAGAACGCUCUACCACUGGACGACGAUGACGAGUUCCGCGCCUUGGAGAUCCGGCGCGCGGCUGCCUUGCAUGACCCGAAGCAGAAGGCUACCGUGAAGGAGACGGAGGACGCUCUGCGGAAUCGGGCGUUGGCGAUGGCGGAGAACUACUUGAGGAACGAUCGCAACUUCCUCGACCCUCGCCCGGAAGGGGUGCCGCUGCGCCAGGUGCCGGUGGACGCCGAUCGCAUCUUCAGCCAACUCGAGGAGCAGCGCGCGCAGCUUCGCACUUCCGCGUCGGCGGCCGAUUCGGCUACGGUUAAGGACACAGAGGAGCAGAUGAACGCGCGGGCACACGAGCUGGCCACGGAGGCAAAGAACCGUCUGCGCAGCAAGCUGGAGCAGGACGUGCUGGGCAUUCCGCUGACGGACCUCCCACUGGACUCCGACGCCACGUUUAACCAGCUGGAAGAGCGCCUGCGCGAUGCCGAGGCGCAGCAAGACGGCAACGCGACGGCGAGUGUAAAGGCAGAGCUGAAUCAACGCGCGCUGGAAUUGGCGGAGCACAUGCACAAGGAGGAGCGUGGGGUGCUGGAGCAGACGCCGGAGGGCGUGCCGCUGCGGUCGCUGCCCAUCAACAUCGACUUGGAGUUCCUCGCGCUCGAAGGGGCGGUGCGUGGCAUCGUAUCAUCGUUGGCAGCGGCGGGUCAGCGUCCGCGCAACAGCGACACAGCGAAGCUCGCCGCCUUGCAGGACCAACUGAAUCAGCGGGCGUGCGCCAUGGUUUAUGAAGAGCGAAAGGCGUACUGUGAUGCGGAGCCGGAGGGCCUCCCGCUCGAAACGCUCGGGCUAGCGCGUGAGGAUGCUUUUUUGAAGAAGGAAGCGGAGCGACGGAAACUGCUCGCGUCCAACGGCCCUGCUGGCGAGGGAAUGCAAGCGUGCAACCGGGCGUUGAACGACAUGGCGCACAGCAUUGCCCGCCGGCGUCUCGAGGGCGAUCGCGGCUACCUCGACGCGGAACCCGAGGGUGUUGCUUUGGAGGUCCUCCCGCUCAGCGCCGACCCCAAGUUCCACGCGUUGGAAGUGGAGCGGGCGCGGUUGAAGGCGCAGAACUCCGCAGCCGCCGCGUCGAAGGUGAAAGCGCUGGAGGACAAACUAAACGAGCGGGCACACGAGUUGGCGCUGGCGCAGAAAGAGGAGGACCUCAAUGGGCUUGAGGCAGCCCCGUUUGGGGUUCCGCUGAGCGUGCUGCAGCCGCACACGGAUCCGACGUUCGCCGCGAUGGCGGACGAGCUCCGCAAGCUGAAGAAGAAGCCCGCUGACAACAAAAGCGCCAUUGAGGCGCUAGAGGCGCAGAUGAACGAGCAGUGCCGUGCGCUGGCCAAGUCCCGUGUGGAGGACGACCGCGACUACCUUGCCGAAAAUCCCAAUGGGGUGCCGCUGUCGCUCCUGCCGUUGGAUACCGACGCCGCUUUCCAGCAGCUGCAGGCGAGACGAGCGAACCUCAAGUCGCUCGACCCCCACAGCAACGCGUCUGCCAUUCAGGAAUUGGAAGGAAAGCUGAACGACCGCGCGAGUGAACUGGCCAACGAGCGCAUCGCGAAGGAGCUGGAGGGCGUUGACCGUACGCCUUUUGGGGUGCCCCUGGGGGUGCUCCAACCCUAUGAGGAUCCGGAGUUUAAGGAGCUCGUUUCCCAGUUGCGUCAGCUGCCGACGCUUGACGGACGCGAUCCCCAGGUGGCGCGGCUCAAGGCCGCCAUGAACGAGCGCUGUCAGACGAUGGCGCACGCCUUGCUCGAGAACGACCGCGGGUACCUGCAUAAAUACCCCAAGGAGGUGCCACUGUCGUUGUUGGCGCUGAGCUCUGACCCGACCUUUCACGCGGCCGAGGUGCGGCGCGCCGUGCUCAAAGCAGACAAUCCGCGCCGCAACGCCGAGAAGAUCACCGAAAUGGAGAACCAGCUGAACCUGCGUGCAAUGGAGCUGGCUGAGCGGCGGCGUGCGGCGGACUUGGAGGGGCUGGACAUCGCACCGGAGGGGCUGCCGCUGGCGGUGGUCGACCCGCACAGCGACGCACAGUUCGCGCAGCUCGUGGAGCAGCGCCGUGCACUGGAGCUAAAAGCGAAGGACCCGGCAGCCGCCAAGGAACAGCUGCCGGCGCUGAUUCGUGAGAUGAACGAUCGCGCGCACGAGCUUGCACGCGGCAUGCUACAGGGCGACCGCGACUACCUAGACCGCAACCCGGAAGGCGUGCCGCUGGAGGAGCUGCCUCUCGAUACCGAUGAGUCUUUCCGUGCGAUGGAAGUCGAACGCAAGGCGCUGAAGGCCCAGAAGGCGGCGCACAACGCGAGCAAAAUAAAGGAGCUUGAGGGAAAGCUGAACGACCGAGCCCACGAGCUGGCCAAGAUGCAGAAGGCAGCUGACUUGGAGGGGAUUAAUUCCGCUCCACGCGGGGUGCCGCUCGAGCUGCUGAAGCCGCACGAGGACGCCGUUUUUGCGAAGCAGGUGCAGAAGCUGCGAGACCUGAAGCGCAACCCACCGCGGGACGUGAAUGAGACGAAGUCACACGUGGCGGAUAUGAAUGCCCGUGCAGAUGAGUUGGCGCAGAAGGUGAUGGACCGCGCCUACUUGGACCCGGCGCCGGACAAGGUCCCGCUAGAGUUUCUUCCGCUGGACAAGGACAAGAAAUUCCACACGAUGGAGGUGGAGCGGGCGAAGCUGAAGCUCACAGACCCUCGCCGACAGGCAGACAAGAUCAGCGCUCUAGAGGCGGAGUUGAACGAGCGUGCCUUGGAGUUGGCGAAGCAGCAGCGUACGAAGGACGUUGAGGCGGUAGACUCCAAACCAUGCGGUAUUCCAAAGGAUCUGCUGAACCUGCACGAGGACGCCGCGGCAUGCGCGCUGAUUGACGAGCUCCGCGAACUGAACCACAGCCCAACGCAGAACGCCAAUGCGAUUGCGGCGAAGAGCAAGGCCCUCAACGCCCGCGCCCACGAGCUGGCCGAGCGCAUGCUGACGGGCGACCGCGCGAGCUAUCUAGAAGCGCGUCCGCGCGGUAUUCCACUGGAGGACUUGCCCCUCAACACCGAUCCCGCCUUCCGCGCCUUGGAGGUGGAGCGGGCGACACUGAAGGCAUCCAACCCGGUUCGCAACGCAGACGCCGUGAGCAACACGGAGGGCCUGCUGAACGACCGCGCCUGCGAGCUCGCCGAGGUCGUGAAGGACGAGGAUCUCGCCGCCUUCCCGCCGCACUACGAGGGCAUCCUAGUGAAGGACCUCAAGCCGCACAACGACCGCCUCUUCGGAGAAGCGGCCGAGAAGCGACGUAGCCGCAAACGUAACCCAUCCGUCUCUUUCAAGGAGGAUCUGGAUCAGUUGAUGAGCGACCGCCUGAGUGAGCUCGCACGGGAGGCGAAGGGCGGCGAUCUGUACUUCCUGGACCCGAACCCGAACGGCGUGCCACUGGCGGACCUGGCGCUGAGCUCGGACAGCGCCUUCGCCGAAAUGCGUGAGCAGCGACGGAAGUUGAGCGAGAGCGAUCCCAUGGGCAACCGCAAGGCCAUCUGCCAGCUGGAAGACAACAUGAACGCGCGCGUUUCGAAGUUGGCGCUAGAUGUGCUGAAGAGCGACUUCGACGGCAUCGACCCAAAGCCCCUCGGCAUCGCGCUGGAGCUGUUGAAUCCGCGCCAAGACAAGACGGUCGCCAGCAUGAUUCCCGAGCUGCGCCGCACGAAGCGCCUGCCGCAGCUGAAGAACAAGGCGGUAGAGCUGAAGGGAAAGCUAAACGAGCGCGUGCUGGAACUGGCGGGGACGGCGCUGGAGCAGGGCCGCGACGACUACCUCGACCCCGAGCCGAACGGUGUGCCGCUCGCCCUGUUGCCGCUGCGCACGGAUGAGCAGUUCCACGACAAAGAGGCGGAGCGCGCUACGUUGCGCCUGAAGGAUGUUGCGAAGAACGCUUCGGCGAUUGGCCAGCUCGAGGCGCAGCUGAACCAGCGUGUACGUGAGUUGGCCGAGGCUCAACAGCAAUCGGACUUGGAGGGCGUCGACCCGACUCCGCGUGGCAUCCCGAUCAUGCUGCUGGAGCCGCACGACGACGUCAGGAUGGCCGGCCUCAUCAAGGACGUUCGCGUGCUGAAGAAGGACUCGGUGCGCAACGCAGCCAAGAUCACGGCACAGCAGCGACUGAUGAACGACCGCGCGCUGGAACUGGCGACCGCCGCGCUCGACGGCGACCGCGGCUACCUCGAUCCCAACCCGGGAGGUGUGCCGCUGUAUGUUUUGCCGCUGGACACCGACCCAGCUUUUCACGACAUGGAAGUGGCGCGGGCGGUGGGCAAACGCUCCGCGUACCCCGACCCGCGUGCGAUGGCGCAGCUGGAGGACAAACUGAAGACUCGCUCGGAGGAGUUGGCUGCCGCGCAGCUGAAGCGCGACGUGGAAGGGCUGGACCAGGCCCCGCUGGGUGUCCCGCUGACGCUGCUAAAGCCGCAUAAGGAUAGCACGAUAGAGGCGAUGCUGCCGGAGCUGCGGCGACUGGCGAAGGACCCGAGCGCCAACGCGGCGAAGCUCAAGCAGCUGCGGGCUGCAGCGAACGAGCGCAACUACGAACUGGCCGAAGCCUUCCUGGCGAAGGAUCGGCCAACCUACAUCGAGGCGGCGCCGGAGGGGCUGCCGCUACACCUGCUGCCGCUGUCGUCCGAUGAAGAGUUCAAGCAGCUAGAGGCGAAGAAGCUCUUCCUUCAAGCGGCGGAGGCGGAGGGAGCCGGUUUGGAUGCGAGGGACUUAGCGAAGCUGGAGGAGCAGCUGCGAGAGCGGGCACACGAGGUGGCACGGCAGCAGCUGCGCAAAGACCGCGGCUACCUUGAUCCGUUUCCGGAGGGCGUCCCGCUCGACGUCCUGCCGCUCGAGACCGACCGCACUUUCCACCAGCUGGAGGCGAAGCGCGCCGAGGCCAAAGCCCUCAACGCCAACACGGCGGCCAGCGACCUCGAGGACCAAUUGAACGCCCGCGCACACGAGCUCGCCGUUGCGCAGAAGCAAGAGGACCUGCGUGGCCUCGAGCAGAACCCGUGCGGCAUUCCCCUGACCGCGUUGGAGCCGCACCAAGACGCCCGGUAUGCCCAGCUGGUGGAUGACCUGCGCGGACUGAAGGCAAGCGCAGGCGAUGGGAGCGGCAGCAGCAACAGGGCCGCCAUCGCUGCGGUGCAGCAACAGAUGAACGACCGCGCGAGGGAAAUGGCGGAGAUGGUGACGAAGAACGACCGCCGCUACCUUCACCCGCGGCCGGAGAACGUGCCGCUGCACCGCGUGCCGCUCGACACCGACGCCGCUUUCCACGCGCUGGAGGUGGAGCGGGCGACGCUGAAGCUAGCGGAUCCGAAGAAGAACCAGCACCGUAUCGGCGAGCUGGAGGAUCAGUUGAACAACCGCUCCCACGCCCUCGCCAGCCAGGUGAAGGCGACGGACUACCAGGGGCUAUUGCAGGCACCGCGUGGCAUUCCGAUUCAGCUGCUGAACCUGCAUAACGACCCCAAGUUCAGCUCCCUUCUGGAGGAGAAGGAGCACGUCGCCAAGACGCGUAGCGCAGAGGCGGUUGCCCCUGUUGUGCAGUCGCUGAAUGCGUGCGCCGAGGAGGCAGCGGAGAAGCUGCUGCAAGGUGACCGCGGAUACCUCGACCGCGAACCCGAAGGUGUCCCGCUGAGCCAGCUGCCGCUGGACAAAGACAGCACCUUUAACGAGUUUGAGGUGCAACGUGCGGUGUUGAAGGCGAAGGAUCCCGAGCAGAAUGCGUCCACCAUCAGCGACAUCGAAGACCAGCUGAACGCGCGUGCGCAUGAGCUGGCCAGCGUUAUUCUCGCAAGGGACCGCCAGUCCUACCUUGACCCGCAGCCGGAGGGCGUGUUGUUGGCGGAGUUGCCGCUCGACACGGACAGCAAGUUUCACGUGAUGGAGAUCGAACGGGCGAAGCUGAAGGCGCGCGACCCGGUCGUCAACGCGGCUCGCAUCGAAGAGCUGGAGGGCAGCUUGAACGUCCGCGCGGUGGACCUGGCAAGGAAGCAGCUCGAGGAAGACCUCCAAGGACUGGACCGCGAGCCGGAGGGCUACCCACUGAAGUACCUCCGUCCGCACCACGACGCCGCCUUUGCCGCUGCCGUGCCGUCUCUGCGAGCGGCGAAGCGCAAGGCGGCGGCCAACCCCGCAAAGGUGCGCGAGGUGCAGGCAACGCUGAACGCGCGUGCGCACGCCAUGGCUCGCGAACGCAUUGCUGCCGAUCGUGCCAAGAUGGACCCCGAGCCGCAGGGGGUGCCGCUCGCGCUGCUGCCGCUGGAGGAAGAUGCCAAGUUCCGGCAGGCCGAGAAGGAGAUGCGUGCGCAGGAGGCGGCCGCUGACAAGCGAAACGCGGCGGCCGCCGAGGAGGCCAUCGCCCGCAUGAACGAGCGGGCACGUGUGCUGGCCAAGGACUACUUGCGGCAGAGUCGCGACUUUCUCGAUCAGGAGCCCGAGGGGAUACCGCUAUCCGAUGUACCGCUGGGCCACGAUGCGACGUUCCGCAACAUGGAAGGCGCGCGACUGCGACUGCUGGCCGGCGGGGCGUCGCCGUCCUCCUCCGAGGUGCAGGCAAUCUGCGAUCGAUUGAACGAGCGGGCGCAUGAGCUGGCGAAGGAGGAGAAGGCGAAGGGACGCAGCUUCCUGCGCGACACGUCCUCUGACAUUCCGCGGGAGCUGCUGGCGCUCGACGACGACAGGGCUUUCGUGGCCAAGGAGAAGGAGCUGCGGAGUGUGUUGCGCAGCAACGGCGGCGUAGCAGGCCCGACCAGCGCGCCGGCGCUGUGCCGCGAGCUGCAGAUUCGCGCAGACGAGGUCGGCGAGGCGCAGCUGAAGGGCGGCCGCGGCAAGUACCUCGAUGCGCAGCCCGCAGGUGUCGAUCUAUGCGACAUCCCCCUCGAGGAGGACGCGGUAUUUCACACGACGGAGGUGAAGCGCGCCGUGCUGCUCGCCACGAACCCGCAGGACAAAAAGGACGAGGUGGCCGCUCUGGAGGAGAAGCUGAACGCACGUGCAAACGAGCUGGGGAGGCAGAUCGCAGUUAGCGGGCGCAGCUUUCUCCCGCCCGAGAUCUACGGGAUCCCGAUCGAUGAACUGCCGCUGGACACGGACAGCAAGUUCAAGAAGCUGGAACGCCAGCGGCGCGCACACAAGCGGACGCCGACGAUGAAGAAGGAGGUGCUGGCAGACGAGGAGGAGCUGCGAGUUCGUGCAAAUGAGCUGGCCAACGAGGUGAUCGGGCAGGACCUGGAGACGCUCAAGGCCACGUACCGCGGCAUCCCGAAGGAGGAGCUGGGUUUGCACGCCGACGAGGAGUUCCGUGAGCUGGCGAAAAAGCGACGUCGCUGCCGAGGCAAGGGUCGCGUGGAGGCGACGCAGAUGGCUGCGAUUGAGGACGACAUGGACCGCCGUGCGUGCGAGAUCGCCGACGACGUGAUUGAGAACGAGCGCGCUUUCCUGGACGCGGAGCCGGAAGGAAUGUUCCUGGGCGACGUCCCGCUCGACAGCGACACCGUCUUCCAGCAACUCGAACUAGAGUAUCGUCGCCGCUCCAAGGACCCGCGUACUACGAAGCUGAACAAGGAAGUGUUGCGUGAGCUAGGCGAGGAGAUGAACCGCCGCUCCCACACGCUGGCCCGCGAGGAGUUUGCGCGGCGUCGCGAGUUCAUGAAGCAGGAGCCCGAGGGCAUCCCGCUGUGGGAGCUCGGCCUCGACGAGGAUCCGGAGUUCAAGCAGGCGGAAAUCACGCGCUACCGCAACACGCGCACCGCCACGCCGGAUGAGAACGUGCGGGCUGAGACGGCGAAGCGGAUGGACGAGCGGGCCGGCGAGUUGGCGCGCACCCUACUGGCCGCCGACCGCGCCUUCCUCGACCCCGAACCGGAAGGCGUGGCGCUCGAGUUGCUGCCGCUGGACUCUGACAAGGCCUUCAGCGACCUCGCACGCGAGCGACGCCGCCACAAGAAGGCGCUGAAGAGCGGCGCGGGGGAGCCGGAGGUGAGGGCGGUGGAGGAGCGCAUGAACACCCGCACGCACGAAAUGGCCAAGGACUUUUUGGAGGCGGAACGGGCGUUCCUGACUCGCGAGCCGGAGGGCGUCCCGCUGGAGGACCUGCCGCUGAACUCUGAUGCCCCCUUUCGCGCGAUGGAGAAGGAGCGACUGCGGCUGAAGCGCGAGCCGGUGGUGAACGCCAGCCCCAUUUCAGCAAAGGAGGCGGAGCUGGAGAACCGGGCGGAGGUGAUUGCACGCGAGCUGCUGCGCAAGGAGCGCGCUUUUCUCGAGCCCGAACCGAUGGGCGUGCCACUAGAGGAACUCCCGCUCAACCGCGAUCCGAUUCUGAACCAGGUGGAGCGCAAACGCCGUGCCUUGCGUGAGAACCCGAAGCGCAACCACGAAGGCAUUCGCGCCUGUGAGGAGCAGAUGGCCGACCGCAUCGGCGAGAUCGCGACUGCCUUCGUGGAGAAGCAGCGCUCCUUUUUGGACCAAGUGCCUGAAGGUGUCCCAUUGCGUUACCUGCCGCUGGGCUCCGACCGCGAUUUCCAUGAGAAGGAGCUGCUUUUGCGCAAGAUGCUGCAGCGUCCAGAGAAGAACAAGGCAGAGCUCGCCGAGCUUCAGAAGAAGAUGAAUGACCGCGUGCACGCCAUGGCGAAGGAACUCGUGCUGAAGGGCCGCGCCUUCCUCAACCCCGAGCCGCUUGGUGUGCCGAUCGCCGACGUCCCCCUCAACGGCGAUGAGGACUUCCGUAAGAUGGAGGAGCAGCGGCGUGCGCUGAAGGAGGCGGGCCGCAACCCGGCCCACAUCAAGUCCAUCGAGGACAAGCUGAACGAGCGCGCGGAGAUGCUGGCGCAGAAGCUACUGGACACCGAGCGUGCCUUCAUGGACCCCGCCCCGCUGGGUAUUCCGCUGCGUGACCUGCCACUGAACAACGACGCUCGUCUGCGCACGAUUGAGCGCACGCGCCGGCAGCUGCGCAAGGAGGACGCAGAGCGCAACGCGGCCGACAUCUCCGUGUUGGAGUGCGGUAUGGAUGGCCGCGCGUACGAGCUGGCCGACGAGCUGCUGGCGAACGACCGCGACUACUUGCACCCGGAGCCGUGCGGUGUACCGCUGCGUGACCUGCCACUGCACGCCGACCAGGAUUUCCACCACAUGGAGCUGGAACACUUCCGUGGCAAGAAGAAGGGCAAGGUGAAUCUCGCUCCGCUGGAGGGGAAACUGAACGAGCGGCUGAUGGAGUUGGCGGCGAACUUUAUCAAGAAGGACCGCGCCUUCCUUGAUCAGGAGCCGGAGGGCAUCCCGCUCGAACGGCUGCCGCUCGACACCGAUCCUGUCUUUCAUUCCUUGGAGCUGGACCGUCGUCAGCUGCGUCGAGGCGACGAUAACGCGAAGAGCGUGCGCGAGAUUGAGCAGCGGAUGAACAGCCGCAUACACGAGUUGGCACUGGAGAUACGCGGGUGGCAGGACAACGAGUUCCACGAGGCCAACAGGCACGUCGCCGAGGCGUGGCCGCGGGUGUGUGAGCUGUACCCUGAAAGCCGCGGCGAAUCGAUUGAGGUGACUACCUACGACCCCAGCGACGUCGUAUCCGCCCCGCAGGACGCCGGCUACAUCGCGCCCUUCCUCUCCGCCAUGGCGCGCCACUCUGUGCUGAUUAAGCGCCUCAUCGCGACCAAGGAGCCGCCGGUGAACGCGCCGUACACCUUCGUCUUUUUCGACCCGAACAGCAACCCAGUGUACGUCGACAUCGACGACCGCAUACCGUGCACGGCAAACCGCGCGCCGAAGUUUGUGCAAUCGCCGUCGCAUUCGUGGUACCCGCUGCUGGUGGAGAAGGCCUACGCCAAGUUCGUCGGCGGCUACGAGCAGCUGGACAACUGCACGCCGCUAGAGACGUUACGCGACUUGACGGGGCGGCCGGUGACCCACACGCCUUUCGACGUUAAGCUUGCAGAGGCGGCCAACCUAGGCGACAGCGGCUCCGUCGAGUUCUGGCAGGGCGUGUCGGAUGACCUCGGUCGCGGUGACGUGAUCGUGUGUACGUCGAGCGACACCGCGCCGGAUGGCAUCCACCCGCGCUGCAGCUACGCCUUGCUCGGCGUCAUCGUCACCCUCGCCGGCAGCACGAACCCGUCUGAUGUGGUGAUCAAGUUGGAGAACUCCUACUGCUGCGAUGAGCCCUAUUACAGCGGCCCGCUGUGUCACGGUGACAUCAACUGGAACGUGGAGUUGCAGCAGGUCUGUCGCUACGACCCGGAGAGGACAGAUGUGCUCUACCUGCCGCUGCCAACGUUUCUGCGUAACUUCUCCAGUAUUCAGACGUGUCACAUUAACUGCGGCGACCGCCUCACCGCCGGCGGCUGCUGGGACAGUCGCACGAGCGGCGGCAACCCCAAGUACACCAGUUUCCGCAACAACCCGAUCUACUUACUGCAGAACAGCAGUAGUCGACCGGCGACGGUGCUUGUGGAACUGCGACACGACGCACCGCAAUUCAUCGACCCCGACGGCCUGCACCACUACCCGCAAAGCGGCAUCGUCUUGAUGGAGCCGACGUUGACGGCCAGCCCGCCCACGCCGCUCGUGACAAACAGCACGGCGAAGUUCCUGCAGAAGGGCAUCAUGCUCGACUCGCGUGAGAUGUGCAGUAUAAUGGAAGUGCCGCCCAGCACCACCUGCUGGCUGAUCCCGUACACGGCGAAGGCCGGGCAGCACGGCAGUUUCCACCUGUCCGUCUACCCGGGCUUUGCGAAGGUCUCGCUGACGCCGAUGCACUUCUGCGGCCUCUCCCGCACGCCGACGAACGCCACGGUGACGCUGUCGCCCGGGGAGGAGGGGCGCCGUGUGGACUUCACGGUGAGCGCUGCCUGCGAGGUCCACGUGCUGCUGCAUCAGGAGAAGGUCUCCGACUCACAUCCGACUGGCAAGGGCGAUGUUGUGGCGGACGACGACGUCGUGAUGGUCGCCUUUAACGACCAGGCGAUGAAGAUAACGUCUUCGGGCGACGCCACGAACGCGCGGGAGCACUCGCUGGCCUUCCGGGCCGACAAGCCCGGAUACUACUCCCUGCUGCUGACCUCGCCGAACCCACCGGUGUCGGGCGACUGUCCGUGCACCAUCAGCAUUUUUACACCGAAGCGCGUUACGGUCAAGUUCGUGGCACCCCCUGUCGGUGCACGGCCCCUGCAGCAGUCCCGCUUCCCCACGCUGUCCAAGAACGGCAAGAAGCAAGGUAUUCCAGCGCGGCGUUUGCAAGCACCGUCGUCAAGCCGCUCCCCUCGGCGCGGCGAGAGCCUGCCACCGUUGCGCAAUGCCUGCAGCAGUCCGGGAGAGCCAGCCGCCGCGUCGCGGAGCACGCCUGCCUCGCUCCAACGGCAACUGGUAGUGAAGUAG